AUGGCAAAAGUCGGUCCAGCACGAAAGAAAAAAGUAGGAAAAGACCGUUUAGACAAGUACUAUUUUCUAGCGAAAGAGCACGGGUACCGGGCAAGGUCUGCCUUUAAGUUAAUACAGUUAAACCAGUCAUUUAACCUUCUAUCCAAUAUACACUCAGCAGUUGACUUGUGUGCUGCCCCGGGCGGGUGGCUGCAAGUUUUGUCAAAAACUGUUCUUCCUCCAAGCAAGAUCGUUGGGGUGGAUUUAGACCCAAUAAAACCGAUUCACGGGGUACACACUAUAGUUGGAGACAUCACAGAUAAAAUAUGCAAGGCAGAGAUACUUGCGGCAGUUGGGGAGACAGAAGUUGACUUGGUCUUGCACGAUGGUGCGCCCAAUGUGGGUGCCUCUUGGGAGAGGGACUCUUAUGUCCAGAACGAGUUGGUAUGCCAUGCAGCAAAACUGGCGUGUAAGAUUCUAAAGAAGAACGGGACAUUCGUAACAAAAGUCUUCAGAUCCAAGGACUUCAACUCUCUGGUAUGGAUGUGCAACCAGCUGUUCACAGAGUGUCUUACCACUAAGCCCAGGAGUAGUAGAGAUGAGAGUGCAGAAGCAUUCUUGGUCUGCAGAGGGUACAAGAAGCCAGACACGCUCGAUGAGAAGUUCUUUGACCCACUCUUUAUAUUUGCAGAAAAAGACGAGGAAGAGGCAAAGGAGAACACACUCUCAAACAUUCUCAGAGAGAGAAUAGAUCUAAGCAAGUGCACCAAAGUAAAGAUUGACUGCAUGAAGGACAUGAUCGAUGAGGAAACUGCAAUUCUUCUUUCAGACUUAUUAGUAGUAGAUGAAGCAGACAAGAGAAGGCUGGUUAGAACAUUAAAGAAAGUUCAGCGGGCGUAUAUUGGAUACCAAGGAAAAAACACUCCAGAGGAAAUAGUUGACACAAGAACUCCAAUAGAAAGACAGCAGGAUGAGUUAAAUGAGAUACAGCGCGCCAUGGAGAGAAGAGAGAAAAUCCAGCAGAGAAAGAUUCUUGCAAAGAGAACCAAGAGUCUUGGCCUAACUGAAAAUGACGUGGAAGAAAUAGAGAAAAUACACGGAGACUUCUUUGAAGACAACAUAUUCGACAGGGAUGAAGAUGAAAGCAACGAGCAGUCUGUUGAGGACAUAGAAUCUGAUGAAGAGAUAGAGGAUGCAGAGAGUGAGCAGAAUGACAGUGAUGCAGACUCAUGCUCAUCUUCAUUAGACAUAGAAGAUAAAGUGUGCGGGUACAGACUAAAGGAAGAUGAAGAGGAGUUUGAAAAUGACGGAAUCGACAGGUACGUAUACGAUGAUGACGAAAACCUCCCACACUUCUUCCGAAAUGACGAAGAGAAGUACAACAGAAGGUACGUCUUCAAUGAAAAGAGAGAUGAUCUUGAGAAGAAAGUGACUAUUUCAAAGAAGCUUGAAGAGAUAAAGGCCCGGCGUAUGCGAAGAGUAGAAAGAAAGCUAAGAAAAAUAAAGGAAAGACUUGAGCAGGGCGAGGAGGCAGUUGACUUAAGAGCCAUCAGAAAAGGUGCCAUGAAAAAAGAAGUCAGAGAAAGGCCUAAAAUGGUCUUUGCAGGUCCCUCAAGAACCGUUGCAAAGGGAAUUAAAGGGAAGUUCAAAAUGACAGACAGAAGAAUGAAAAAGGAUAAGGCUGGAUUAAAGAGAGCAGAAGAAAGAAAGGCCAAGGGGAAAAAAAAGCAUUAAACCCAAAUAAACCAGUAAAAAUAUUCCAUCAAUAAAA